AUGAACGGCUUGCGCGGGAAAUCCUGCGCGUCGUCGCUCAGCAAGAAGCCUACUGUCGUCAUCAAGAACAACUCCAUGGUUCGGGCGAAGAGGGCCACGUAUCAACCCUCCAAGCCCCAGGCCGCGCCCAGGGCCCAGCUCGUCAAGGACACCCGCCCCAGCUUCACCUGCAUGCUCGACAACCCCGUCACGCUCGCCGCCACGCCCGCCGCCUCGCCUGUGUUUGCGUCCAAGAGCCUGCUGUUUCCCUCUGACGAUAACAUUGUGCCAAUCUUCCGCUCCUCGUGCGCGUCCGCCCCCGCCUCCGCCUCCACCACGCAGGUCGGUCCCAGCGAGGGCGAUAAGAAGAGGGCGCCCAUCAAGAUGAAGAUCAACAACACCAAGGACACCUCGGCCAACAACGGCACCGGCCUCCAGUGCGCCCCCAUCGUUGCCUGCCCCAGCCCCAACACCAUCGCCGCCGCCGGGCCGCCGCCGGCGCCCCACAAGGCGCAGGCGUCCCUGGCGUGCGAGGGGCGAAAGCUGCAGAGGGUGGAGUCGAUGAGCUUUGAGGAGCUGCUGGCCAGCUGCUACGAGGAGGAGGAGGAGGGCACCACCACCACCACGCCAAUCAUCGAGCCCGUCAACAUCACGGACACUNAACGGCACCGGCUUCCAGUGCGUGCCCAUCGUCGCCUGCCCCAGCCCCAGCGCCAUCGCCGCCGCCGGGCCCCCUCCGGCGCCCCUCAAGGCGCCCGCGCCCCUGGUGCUCGAGGACCCCGAGCUGCAGAGGCUGGAGUCGCUGAGCUUUGA